AAAAUGAGCGGACUUCGUUGGAACGGCAAUAGUGAGCUUUGGCUGUUACCUGAGCUGUUUGUCUUUUGACCAUAGACAGGUUUUAUGGACGUCAGUUGUACGACUAGUGUGUAGUGAGGCAAUUUAUUUGCAUUUGCAAUAUGAAGAAUGGAAGAAGACGAUGUUACUAUCAGAGAACAGAAUUUCCACAGCCAAGUUCGAGAAUACAUUAUUUGUUUCCUACUGUUUGCGGUACUCUACAUUGUGUCGUAUUGCAUCAUCACCAGGUACAAGAGGAAAACAGAUGACCAGGAGGAUGAAGAUGCUGUCGUCAACAGAAUAUCACUGUACAUGUGCACCUUCACCCUGGCCAUGUCGGGUGGGGCUGUUCUCCUCCUGCCUUUCUCAAUCAUCAGCAAUGAGAUCCUGCUCUCCUUCCCCAGAAACUACUACAUUCAGUGGCUCAAUGGCUCCCUCAUCCAUGGCCUGUGGAAUCUGGUGUCGCUCUUCUCCAAUCUCUGCCUCUUCGUCCUGAUGCCCUUCGCCUAUUUCUUUCUCGAGUCCGAGGGAUUUGCUGGAUCAAAAAAGGGCAUUAAGUCACGGGUUCUAGAGACCUUUGUGAUGCUCUUCCUCCUCGGACUGCUCAUCCUAGGAAUAGUCUGGGUGGCGUCCGCGCUCAUCGACAAUGACGCAGCCAGUAUGGAGUCACUCUAUGAUCUCUGGGAGUUCUACUUACCGUACCUCUACUCCUGUAUCUCUCUGAUGGGGGGACUGCUCCUCCUGAUGUGUACUCCUGUGGGCCUGUCCAGGAUGUUCACAGUCAUGGGCCAGUUACUAGUCAAACCAACCAUCCUUGAGGACCUGGAUGAGCAGAUUUACUGCGUCACUUUGCAAGAAGAAGCCCUCCAGAGGAGAUUGAACGGUAGGUUGUUCGUACGUCCGCCUCCCAAAUAACACCCUAUGCCCUGUUUGGUGAUCUAAAUUGACUGGAGCCGUAUGGGCCCUGGUCAAAAGUAGUGCAUUAUAUAGGGAGUUGAGUGGCAUUUUGGUACGUAGACCAGGAAAUGUGUUGGCUCAUUACAGGGAGAUGACUACCCCAUUAGGUGUGAUGGAGCACUGCCGCACUGAAAUCGAUUAGCAUUGACA